AAUUCCGGGCGCUACGAUCGUUUCGUAAAGUCUUGAGGUGGCGACUGGUUCUUUUUCGUAAAAACAAAUCUCGCAAUUUUGACUAAUCAUUACAAUCAUCGUCUGUCUUUUAGUCGCACGUAUUCACUUUAUCUUGAAGAAUAACAUCGAAGGUUUGUUUCUAAUUGAAAUUGCCUUUCUGCAUUUUUUCUCUGAAUAUCUAACAUAAGGAAAAAAUGGCUGUCAAGGGACUGGUUGCAUCCAUUGUUCAAUUUCUAACUCAGCAAUUAGAAGAUGGUGACUUAACAGCAGAUUCUCGUGAGAGUCUGGAGGUUGCAAUUCAAUGUCUGGAAAGUGCUUAUAACGUGCAGGCAUCAGAUGCGCCAGCAAACUUGAAUUUGCACGAUGUGUAUAAAGCAGCUAUAGACAGUGCAAAACCUAAUUUAGGUCCAGUGGCUAGUCCAGAGGCAAAAGCCGAGGCAGAAAGACUCAAGAAUGAGGGUAAUGCUCUCAUUAGAGCAGAAAAGUAUCAUGAAGCUCUUGUGAAUUAUACCAAAGCGAUCCAGUUGGAUGGACACAAUGCUGUGUACUACUGUAACCGAGCAGCAGUUCACUCUAAGAUCGGAAAUCCUCAACAAGUAAUCAAAGACUGUCAAACCGCACUUUCAAUUGAUCCCUCAUAUAGCAAAGCUUAUGGACGUUUGGGUCUAGCUUACUCCAGUCUGGAGAGACAUAAGGAAGCUAAAGAGAGUUACCAAAAGGCAUUAGAAUUGGAGCCAGACAAUGAGAGCUAUAAGAUCAAUUUACAGCUUGCUGAAGAAAAAUUAGCUCAACAAGGAGUCAGCAACAUGGGUCUUGGUGCUAGUAAUACAGCACCAGGAUUACCUGGCAUGGACCUCAGUUCGCUCUUAAGCAAUCCAGCUCUAAUGAACAUGGCACGUCAAAUGCUUUCUGAUCCUACCAUGCAAAAUAUGAUGAGCAAUCUAAUGAGAGGAAAUAAUGAACAAGGAGGACGUAUGGAUGCCCUUAUUGAGGCUGGACAACAAUUAGCACAACAAAUGCAGAGUGCCAAUCCUGAAUUAAUUGAUUCACUGCGACGUCAAAUGGGUGGUAAUCCUAAUGACCCAGAGCCACCCCAGAAAAAUUGAACGGAAUAUGACUUCCCAGAUACCCGCGGGUUAUGUCAGAUAUUCUGUAACGAAGACAAUGCACGAUAGGAUUCCACUAAAAUAUUGAAUUUUUCAGUGGUAACAAUCGUUUUCCAUAAACACUUCCUAAAUCACAUAGUCAAGAUCAUUAAUUCUGUCUUGCCGCUAUCGUUACCCGACCUUCGCCUCAUUCCCCCCCCCUCCACAUAUAUUAUCUUUACAGUAUAAAGAAUCUUAUAAUUUAGAUUAAGCAAAGUGCAAGCCUUUUCAAGAAGUAUAUCUGUGUAAAAAUCUUAUGGAUUAAGUUUAUGAUCAAGGCCCUUUGAUCUUGCAAUAUUAUAAAGUACAUCUAAAAAUCAUUCCUCCAGUUAAAUGCCAUGAUUCGGGAUAAUUUAUCAAUCCAAAAGAAAACUUACGCAUAUAUGUAUAACAGAAAAUGCUGUAUUCAUAAGCAAUUCCGGCAAUAUUAGAAAAAGUGUUGAGAGGCUUUAUGAAGGCCUAAGGAUACAUGCUUAAUCAGUGUUAUCAUCUAUUAUUGUAAAUCACGUAAAAGCUGGGCAAGCAUCUUAAAUUCAGCAUAAUUCAUCUUACUAGUACUCGACACUUUUUCUACUAUAGUAUUUGCAGGAAUGCAGAGAAAAAUUAUUCAUGGUUGUUAAGUUACAAAGCAUUAUGAGAGACACAUCAGUGAAGGAAUUACAAUUGUAUAAAUGAGAACCGUCGUAGUAAUUAAUAUAGAAUACACGAACUAUGUCGGGAGUCUGGGUAAAAAAAUGGAUUCAAGAUACAAGGCCCUGGGACUCGAUUUUCCUAUAAUGAUCUCUCGUACCUAGGGUUUGUAUUUUUCAUUUCAUAAAAUUGGGAUAAAUAAAUAUCUCUCGUUUUACCAGAA